AUGGUCUCAUCAGCCGCCCAAGAAUCCCUAAGCGGAGAAAUGAAAACAGACAACUCGAUCGACAUCGAACAGCAAAAUGUCGGCACUUUGAACGUCGAGAUUCCAAAAACCCUCGGCGCAGGUUCUGCCCUUGCCCUUGGUGCAUUCGGAACUACUCUAACAACAUUGUCACUGAGUCUGAUGGAGUGGAGAGGCGUCACCACUGCGAAUGUCUUCAUUGCCAAUUUCUUCUUCAUUGCCGCGUUUGGGUUGGUGGUUACUGCUCAAUGGGAAUUGUCUAUUGGUAAUGGGUUUGCGUAUACUGUUUUCAGUGCUUUUGGCUUGUUCUACGCUGGCUAUGGUGCAAUCUUGACUCCAGCAUUUGGUGUCGCUCAAGCUUAUGGCGGUGACAGUACAGCAGAGUAUAACAAUGCGGUCGGGUUCUUUAUGAUAUUGUGGACGGUGUUCGUUUUCACGUUUUUGAUAGCGUCGCUUCCAAGCAACCUUGCCUAUAUCCUGGUCUUUUUUUUUGUUGACCUUGGGUUCCUUACUGUUGCGGCGAGCUACUUUGCUUUGGCUGAUGGUAAAGCGGCUUCUGCGACUACUUUGAAAAAGUCUGGAGGUGUGUUUUGUUUCUUGGCUGGAUUGGUGGGCUGGUAUAUUGUUUUCCAUUUGCUGUUGAAGGAGUCUUUGCUUGAGCUACCCCUUGGCGAUACUUCGCGAAUUUUUGCUAAAAAGAAGAAGACGAACUAA